AUGGUUAAUUCAUUGAACUCAAAAUUUCUUACUACUAUACCCUUUGUAAAAGAUUAUAAAGUGGUGGAGAGUGUGAGGGAGCUUACUCGGUAUGAUAGGGUUAUGGUGUAUAAGUUCCACGAGGAUGAGCAUGGUGAGGUUGUGGCAGAGAGAAAGAGGCCGGAUUUGGAGCCAUAUAUUGGGUUGCAUUAUCUGGCCACGGAUAUACCUCAGGCAUUGAGGUUUUUGUUUAAGCAGAAUAGGGUUAGGAUGGUUGUGGAUUGUAAUGCCAUGCCGGUUAGGGUGAUUCAGGAUGAUAGGCUUAUGCAACCUUCGUGUUUGGUUGGUUCAACGCUUCAUGCUCCCCAUGGCUGUCAUGCUCAGUAUAUGGCUAAUAUGGGCUCAAUUGCCUCAUUGGCAAUGGUGGAUAUUAUCAAUGGAAAUGAUGAGGAAGGAGUUGGUGGGCGGAGUGCAAUGAGGUUAUGGGGUUUGGUGGUUUGUCAUCACACUUCUGCUAGGUGUAUUCCAUUCCCUCUUCGCCAUGCUUGUGAGUUCUUAAUGCAGGCUUUUGGACUCCAAUUGAAUAUGGAGUUGCAAUUGUCAUCACAGAUGUUGGAGAAACUUGUUUUAAGGACGCAGACCCUCUUGUGUGAUAUGCUUCUUCGUGACUCACCUACUGGGAUUGUUACUCAAAGCCCUAGUAUUAUGGACCUUGUGAAGUGUGAUAGGGCAGCCCUCUACUAUCAAGGGAAGUACUACCCUCUGGGUGUGACCCCAACUGAGGCCCAGAUAAGGGACAUAGUAGAGUGGUUGUUGGCUUUCCAUGGAGAUUCCACAGGUUUGAGCACAGACAGUUUGGGUGAUGCUGGGUACGAUGGAGUAGCCUCACUUGGAGAUGAAGUUUGUGGAAUGGCUGUUGCUUAUAUCACAAAAAGGAAUUUCCUGUUCUGGUUCCGGUCCCACACUGCAAAAGAGAUCAAAUGGGGUGGCGCAAAGCAUCACCCUGAGGACAAGGAUGAUGGGCAGAGGAUGCAUCCGCGUUCUUCUUUCAAGGCAUUUCUGGAAGUGGUAAAAAGCCGCAGCUUGCCAUGGGAGAACGCAGAAAUGGAUGCAAUCCACUCUCUGCAGCUUAUUCUGCGAGACUUAUUUAGAUGUGCUGAGCCAAGCAAUUCUAAGGCUGUUGUACAUGCCCAGCUUGGCAACAUGGAGUUGCAAGUUAUGGAUGAACUCAGUUCGGUUGCAAGAGAAAUGGUCAGGUUGAUAGAGACUGCAACUGCUCCUAUAUUUGCUGUAGAUGUUGAUGGCUGUAUAAAUGGGUGGAAUGCAAAGGUUGAAGAGUUGAUAGGGCUCUCAGUUGAAGAAGCUAUGGGGAAGUCUUUGCUUCGUGAUCUUAUUUAUAAAGAAUACGAAGAAACAGUAGAGAAGCCUCUUUCUCGAGCUUUAAGAGGAAUUGAAGUUGCCCUCAAAUUAUGAAGUUCUUCUUCGGAAAGUGUUCGAUGAUUGUACUAAGAGAGUUUGGCUGCAUAAAAGAACGGGUGGUGUUUGUUUGUCCAUUGCUUCAAAAGGGUUAGCAAUCACCAGGA